CGCCAACUCCCCGCUGGCGCGGCUCGCUUUCCGGCCCCUUCCGCGCGGCGAGCUCAGCCCAGCUCGAUUUUUCCUUUUCUAUCCCAGCCGUCGCUGGUCUGGGCGGCGGUGGCGCCGGCGGCGGGGGGAUGGGGGCCCCGCGUGGGGAAGGGGGUGAAGACCGAUGAAGAUUAUUGUUCUUUUUAAGGAUGCCUUAGCAUCCUCCCGCCGCCUCUCCUCUGCGCCUUCCUACUAGCGACCGUGAACCAGAGUCAGGGAUGUAAAGAGAGGGGGAACACACGCCAGGAGCUGCAGCCAGCCGGGGAGACCCUCCUCUCCGUGGAGGGGAGGGGGAGUGCCAGCGACAGAUCAUUGGCGAAGGGGAUCGUCGCAGGGAGAGGAGCCCCGGAGGGAGCGGGGAAUCCCACAGCCCUUUGUGGUGCCCGAACCCGUGCCGCCUGCUGAGCGGGGUCUGUGGGAGCUAGCUGUGUCAGUGGAAAUGGCUGCCCCAGAGGAAUAUCGCUUCAGUUGACCUCAUUUUUUAAAGACCACAGCUCUGUGGCUUUGUCCAGUUCAAAAUGGCAGAAAAGGCUCCACCUGGCUUAAACAGGAAGACUUCAAGGUCGACACUUUCUCUUCCUCCAGAGCCUGUGGACAUUAUCAGGAGCAAAACAUGCUCACGGAGAGUUAAAAUCAACGUGGGGGGCCUCAACCACGAAGUCCUGUGGAGAACACUAGACAGGCUGCCCAGGACACGCUUGGGGAAGCUUCGGGACUGCAACACACACGAGAGCCUCCUGGAAGUGUGUGAUGACUAUAAUCUAAAUGAGAAUGAGUAUUUCUUUGACCGGCAUCCAGGAGCCUUCACUUCCAUUUUAAAUUUCUAUCGAACAGGGAAACUCCACAUGAUGGAAGAAAUGUGUGCUCUCUCUUUUGGCCAAGAGCUUGACUACUGGGGGAUUGAUGAGAUCUACUUAGAGUCCUGCUGCCAAGCCAGAUACCAUCAAAAGAAAGAACAGAUGAAUGAAGAACUGAGGCGAGAAGCAGAAACUAUGAGAGAAAGAGAGGGAGAAGAGUUUGAUAAUACCUGCUGUCCUGACAAAAGGAAGAAACUCUGGGACUUGCUGGAAAAACCUAACUCAUCCGUGGCUGCAAAGGUGAGGAAACUGAGACCCAGACCACUGAAGAGAAUUUGUUGAACAUCAUAUAGUAGUUAAUAAAAGAGUCAAAGCUA